AUGAAUUUUGACCGACAGAAGAAGAUUGCGGAAAAUCGAGCCAAAGCUCUAGAGCGUAUUAGAGAUAGGCAAAGAAGAAUCAAAGAUGCCGGUAGACAAGUUACAUCAGCUACGACAGCUGAAAAUGUGGUAGCAAAUCCGUUAACGGCAGCUCAGCGUGCUAUUAUUGAGCGAAAUACACUGAAUGCUCAAGAACGAAGGAAUAAGAAUAAUAAGAAAGGACCGGUGAUGGAGUCUGGAGGAGAUAAGCCAGACAUUCUAGAUGAAGUGCGAUUUUCUCAUCAUCAACAGGCGAAGCAUAUUGAGGCAUUACCGAGGAAGCCCGGCCAAUACAUACGGCCAUCUAUUAGGAAAUCGGACUAUAUUGAGUACGAUUUCUCGACGAUGAAGGACACUUUUGGAGGUUUUUUAUCAGAUGACAAGGGAAAUAGUUCAAUAGAGGCUGAGGAGAAGACUUUGGAAGACUGGAAGAAGCAACAGGAAGAGAAGGAUGCACUAAAUCCUCUCGGACCUGCACCUCCUCCAUUAGAUAUAGCAAAUGCACCUACGUGCUUUGAAUGUGGAUCUAUAGAUGUAGAUAAGAAGCUUUUAGAAGUGUUCAAAUGUCGAGUUUGCCGGAAAUGUGAAGAGAAGUUUCCGGAAAAGUACUCGUUGCUCACUAAAACAGAGUGCAAAGAGGACUAUUUUCUGACAGAGCCGGAGUUGGCAGACACAGACUUGUUUCGGAGAAUAGUAAAAGAAAACCCUCAUAGUGGUACAUUCUCCAGGAUGCAGUUGUUUCUACGGUAUCAGAUCGAGGAGUAUGCGUUUAAAAAAUGGGGAGGAGUAGACAAUCUUGAUAAGGAAUGGUUGAAGAGAGAAGGAAUGAGAAAGAACCGACGAGAAAAGAAGUUCAAUACCAAAUUGAAUCAGAUGCGACGUAAGCUUCGUGCUCAGGAGAUUACAAGGAAGAUUAGGGGUGAUAAAGGAGUUAGGCACCAGCAUGACUGGAGCGCUCCAGUAAAGGUGGGUGGAGAUGACCCCCAUCUCUACAAGAGAAGAUGCAUGGAAUGUGGCAUGGAGGUGGAGGAGAUAAUAAUGUAA